AAUUUAAAAAAUGGAUGACGAAGAGGAUCUGUUCGGCUCGGAUGCCGAAGAUGACAAGGAGAAGGUGGUAAAUCCGGAGGAUAAGAAGCACGUGCUGAGACGAGAUUUGAGAUCAAUGGUCUAUGGCUUUGGAGAUGAUAAGGAGCCAUACGACAAGACCCUGGACACUCUUGAGGCCAUUGUCCUAAACUACAUCAAAGAGUUAUGCCAACUGGCGAUGAAAGUUGGAAAACCGGAUAAAAUGGCACUUGAGGACAUUCACUAUCUGAUUCGUCGUGAUCCGAAGAAGUUCUCGAGAGUCAAGGAUCUGUUGUCAAUGUCGGAAGAGUUGAAGAAGGCAAGAAAGCAGUUCGAAGAUAUGAAACCACAAUUGUAAAUUUGUAUUGAUCUCGGUUAUUUGAAUUUUAUAUUAUUGAAACCCCCAUCAUGAAUGUUUUUCUUUGAA